AUGGUGCACACCUUAUGGAGCUGUACCUACAUCAAAGUAGUUUGGAAUUCAGAUUUUAAUUGGGUGGUUUGUUGUCCAUCGGACUCUGAGUCUUUCUUGGAUGUCUUGCAAAAAAUCCGAGCAAAACUGGCCUUAGUUCCUUUAUUUGCUACUACGGCUUGGGGGUUGGUCAGUCCAAAACCUCUCAAACGACGGACUGUUUCUCGCAGAUGGUGUCCGCCAGCAGCUAGCUUGGUGAAGAUUAAUUUUGAUGGUGCUUGGUACAAUGAAUCAGAGAAAGCGGGAUUAGGAGUGGUAAUCCGAAAUGGCGAGGGCCAGGUGUUGGCUGCCAUGUCCGAGCAAAUUGUAAAGCCUCCUUCCGUUGAAUUAUUGGAACUUCUUGCUGCCAAGCGUGCCGUCUCCUUUGCUGCAGAAACGGGUCAUGAGCAGGUGGUUUGCGAAGGCGACUCUAAAUCUGUAGUCAAUUCUUUAAGGGGUACUGGCAAGGAAAAUUCCCAGGGAGGGCAUUUAAUUAGGGACAUCAAAUCCCCAUCAAACUCAUUUCUGAGAAUUUCGUUUGCUCAUGUUGGUCGGCUAUGCAAUGCAGUUGCACACGCUUUAGCCCAGCGAGCGAGUUAUGGCUUUUGUAUUGGAUGA